AUAAUAAUAAUUUUCUCUCUCAAAUAUCAUAUAUUUUUGUUUAGAUUUAAUUAUCAGUAAAAAUGCAUUCGAAUCACUUGCUUCUUGAAGAACCUAUCAGAAUGGCUACAAUCCUUGAGCCUUCUAAAUCUAACUUUUUCCCUGCAAUGACUAAAAUUGUCGGAACGUUAGGUCCUCGUUCACGAUCCGUUGAUGUCAUCUCUGGUUGCCUCAAAGCUGGCAUGUCUGUUGCUAGAUUUGAUUUUUCAUGGGGUGACUCUGCUUAUCACCAAGAAACUUUGGAUAAUCUGAAGACUGCUGUCAAGAGCACUAAGAAGCUUUGUGCUGUAAUGCUUGAUACAGUUGGGGCUGAGAUGCAGGUUGUGAAUAAGAGCGAGAAAGCCAUUUCACUUCAACAGGAUGAUAAUGUUAUUCUGACCCCUGACAAUGGUCAGGAAGCUUCUUCACAAGUACUGCCAAUCAACUUUGAUGGACUAGCUAAGGCUGUGAAAAAGGGAGAUACUAUAUUUGUUGGUCAGUACUUGUUCACAGGAAGUGAAACAACCUCUGUUUGGCUAGAGGUUGAUAAAGUGGAUGGAGCUGAUGUUGAUUGCAAGAUAAAGAAUUCUGCGACUUUAGCUGGAGCGUUGUUCACUCUCCAUGCCUCCCAAAUUCAUAUUGAUCUGCCCACUCUCACAGAAAAAGAUAAAGAGAACAUCAGCACCUGGGGAGUCGCAAAUAAGAUUGACUUUCUUUCGUUGUCAUACACUCGCCAUGCACAAGAUGUUCGCGAAGCACGUGAAUAUCUUUCCAAGCUUGGUGAUCUUAGCCAAACUCAAAUAUUUGCAAAAAUUGAAAAUAUAGAGGGUCUAACUCACUUUGAUGAGAUCCUGCAAGAGGCAGAUGGUAUUAUCCUUUCUCGUGGAAAUCUUGGCAUCGAUCUCCCGCCAGAGAAGGUCUUUUUGUUUCAGAAAGCUGCUCUUUACAAGUGUAACAUGGCUGGAAAACCAGCUGUGCUUACUCGUGUUGUUGAUAGCAUGACUGACAAUUUAAGGCCAACACGUGCAGAAGCAACUGAUGUUGCUAAUGCUGUUCUAGAUGGAAGCGAUGCAAUUCUUCUUGGUGCUGAAACUCUACGUGGAUUAUACCCCGUCGAGACCAUAUCUAUUGUUAAUAAGAUUUGUGCAGAGGCAGAGAAGGUGUUCAACCAAGAUCUGUAUUUCAAGAAAACUGUCAAAUAUGUUGGAGAACCAAUGUCUCACUUGGAAUCAAUUGCUUCAUCUGCGGUACGGGCAGCCAUUAAGGUGAAGGCUUCUGUUAUUAUCUGUUUCACUUCUUCUGGAAGGGCUGCAAGAUUGAUUGCGAAAUAUCGGCCAACAAUGCCAGUUCUAUCAGUUGUCAUUCCCAGGCUAAAAACUAAUCAACUGAAGUGGAGUUUCAGUGGCGCAUUUGAGGCAAGGCAAUCACUCAUUGUUAGAGGUCUUUUCCCCAUGCUUGCUGACCCUCGACAUCCAGCCGAAUCUACAAGUGCAACAAAUGAGUCUGUCCUGAAGGUUGCACUAGAUCAUGGAAAAGCAUCAGGAGUGAUCAAGUCACAUGAUCGGGUUGUGGUCUGCCAAAAGGUUGGAGACGCAUCUGUUGUUAAAAUUAUCGAGCUUGAAGAUUAAGAACGGUGGGCAUGCCUGCAUUUCCCAAUAUCUAAGUUAUAUUAAGCCCAAUUUUUUUGGAAGUGGUGAAGUGUUUAUCAUCACCAACUUUGAGGUCUCUUGAACCUCCACAGCUUUUGGAAACUUGUAUGCAUAUUUAUAUACAUUUAAAGGCAUUGGUGUGGGGCAAAUUUUGGUUCUACAAAAUUACUGAUACAAUAUUUAAUGCCCCCUCCAUCGUAUCUUAAUAGCCUGACCAAGAAUUGAAUAAGAAGCAAGAAGGGGUUUUUUGGUUUCUUUUAA